AUGCAGAAGCGCUGUCAAAGCCGGCCGACGUCUAGCAAUGACAGUGACGCGACCGACAAACCAUCCCCCUUGAAUACGGACGGCGAGGCCAGCACACCAGUUGUCCCCAAGGGCGCAACAGCCUCUGCCACUGAUGACUCGGAUGAUGAUACUGACCCUGAGGAUGAUACGGAUGAUGAGGUCUCGUCAGAGGACGAGUUCGAUGACUACUUCCCCUGCUCCAAGCUCCUCAUCACUCGCAUGGAGGUUCACUGGCAGCGGAAGAAGGAAAAGCCGUCCGCAGACCCCAAGUGGCGGAGUCCGGUCGACACUCUCCGCGCGGCAGGGCGACGCAAUCUGUACCUGUUCUUCAACUGGUGUUUCAAGCUGACGUCCGGGAAGGGUGGUCGUCGACUGAAGGGGACGACUAAGUCGAGCUCCCUGAGGGGCGACUGGAAGAACUUCCUGCGCUACUACGAGGGUGCCACUGACACCAAGAUGGACCCGCGGCUGAUGCGGCUGAUGCGGAAGAGCCUUCGACGGCUGGUCAAGAAACGCGGGCUAGAUAUGCAGGAGAAGACGCCGGUGUAUGUCAAGGACAUGGCCUCGCUCCAGGAAACCAUCCUGCGGACGCAGGAGAAGAGAUUCUGGCUCAGGCUGCAGCAAAUGCAGAUCUGCCUCUACAACCUGGACCUGCGGGUGUCACUCCAGCGGGACUCUAGCGGCGAGCCCAACCUCCCGACAGUGGAAUUCAGCUACAAGUUUACAACAAAGAAGCACCUCGGCCUCACACAGACGCAUGUACUGUCCGCUCUUAUCCCCGGACAUACACCCUGGCUGACAUCUGACCAGGAACACGUUCAUUCUGCCCGAGAUCAUCUACGACCCGUCGGCUGA